UUCCUUUUCCACUCUGACUUUCCCUCUUUUCCCCAUUUCUUUCUUUCUUUUUAUUCUCUCUCUCUCUCUCUCAUUUUCUUUUUUUACCUAAACAAGUAUAUAGCUAAGCUUUGUAAAUUGGUUGGAUGGAUAUCAAUACCAUCAUCAUCAUCAUCACCUCCUCCUCCUUCCCUUAACUUUAUUUUUCCCUAUUUCUUCUCUUUCAGUUUUCAAACUCUUCUUUCUAAAUAUUCCCCCCAUUCCCUUCCUUUCCCUUUUCUUGCUAUUUCUGUUAUCUGGGUUUCAACUUAGUACCCCAAUCCUUUCUUCCUUCUUCUCUCUUCUCUCUCUACCUCUUUCUCUCUUGUUAUUUUCUUUUCUAAUUUCUUCCCAAUCAUGUCCCCAGUUGAACCACAACAACACCCCUCUUCCUUCUUCUUUUCUACUUUUUCUUUACAUUAGUUUUUUUUUUUCUUUCGCUUUUUUGCUUCUAUUUCAAGAUUUUGUUUUUUUUUUCUUGGUUGGUUUUAGCAAACUGAGGGAGAUUGGAGAGCUUUGUGGUCCUAAUUAAACUCCUUGCUACCUUCCUUGGAGCUUUCUUCUCACCAAGUUCUCAUCUCUUUUUUUUUUUUUUUUUCUUCCUCUCUCUGGUUUUCCCUAUGCUUCCCAUCUCCUUUUAUUUUCUCUCUGUCUUUGAUCUAUAAAUUCAUCAGCCCUUUUCUUUAUACCCAGCUGGUCGGUUUUCUUCAGAUCUCAUCUCAACUUUCUGUACAUACCCACUUAUUCAACUAAUUUCUCAAUUAUCUCUAAGGGGGGUUUCUAAUCUGAUUUAGAAUGGUGAGAGGAAAGACACAGAUGAGGUUAAUAGAGAACGCUACAAGCCGUCAAGUCACCUUCUCCAAGAGAAGAAAUGGUUUGAUGAAAAAAGCUUUUGAGUUAUCGGUUCUCUGUGAUGCUGAAGUUGCUCUUAUCAUCUUCUCCCCUAGAGGAAAGCUUUAUGAAUUUGCUAGCACGAGCAUGCAGGCAACUAUAGAGCGUUACCGAAAGCGUGCAAAAGCCAAAGAAGCCCUGGAUCCUCCGUUUGUCAAUAAUAUCGUACAGUUGGAGCAUCUUAAUCAUGAAGAAGCAGCUAGCCUGAUAAAGAAAAUAGAGCAACUCGAAGUUUCAAAACGGAAAAUGUUGGGAGAGGAUCUGGGAUCUUGCUCCCUUGAUGAACUUCAACAACUUGAACAUCAGUUGGAGAAAAGUGUUUGCAAAAUAAGAGCUAGAAAGAUAGAAGUGUUUGAAGAACAGAUUAAACAGCUAAAGCAAAAGGAAAAAGUGUUGCAGGAUGAAAAUGCUAAGCUACUUCAAAAGUGGGAAAGUGAGGGAGGAGAUGGAGGAGUAAAUAAUGAAGGAGGAGAGAAAAUGUUAAACUACGCAGAAAGUAGCAGUCCAAGUUCUGAGGUGGAGACUGAAUUGUUGAUUGGGCCACCCAGAAGAUUUCUUUCCAUUCACUGAUUAUACUCAACCAUCUUAACCUUACUUUACUUACCUUUUACCUACCCUUCAAAUUAAUCAGUAAUUACAAUUCUCUAAUAUAUUUAUAUAUCAUCAAUAAUACUCCCUUUUCUCUGUUCCA